AUGUUUCCUGAAUUCGAGAGUGCUGAUGAACUUUAUCAAUAUGCUCAAACUUUUGCGAAUGCACAUAGUUUUGCACUUGUUAAAAAACGAACUUGUAAAAAUCAUCGUGGUGAAUUGAAAAAUAUGAAAUUGCGUUAUGACCGAGAAAUUCGUAAUGAAAAUCAUAAUCAUGAUUACUCAGAAAACAUGUUAGAACACCUAAUUGCCUGCCAACUCACAGAGCAACAGCUAGAAAGUGUUGCAGCAAUAACUGUUGCUGGAUCACGUCCUCGAGAAAUUGUGUCGACCAUUCGCCAGAAUGACCCAGCAACCCCAAUUAUUAGCAGAGACAUCUAUAAUAUACAUGAACAACUUCGUCAACAAAAUCUGGCAGGCCGAACCCCUAUCCAAGUGCUUAUUGAUAAACUUCGAGAAGAAGAUUAUAUUUAUGAAUAUGAAUAUAACAAUACUGUUUUUAUGAAAGGUGAGGAUGAGAAAGACUACAAGUGGGCACUAACUUGUAUUGUUCGUUUGUUCGAAGGGAUAUCGAAGCCUGGUGUAAUUGUGACUGAUAGAGAAUUGUCACUUAUGAAUGCCCUUAAAAUAGUCUUUCCGAAUUUAACAAACCUAUUGUGCUUAUGGCACAUUAGUAAAAAUGUAUUAAAAAAUUGUAAACCACAAUUUCCAAAAGAAAAUGAAAAUAGUUCAAGCAGUGAAUGGGAUACCUUUUUUGCAAAGUGGAGCGAAGUAGUUAAUUCCAAAAACGAAAACAAAUUCAAUGAAAUAUGGCAAAACUUUCAUUCUACUUACAUUAAUAAACCCUGCAUUAUAAACUACCUCGAAAGAACUUGGUUGCCAUGGAAGGAAAAAUUUAUAAAAGCAUGGACAAAUUCAUUUCUUCAUCUAGGAACAACUGUAACUUCCCACAUAGAAGGUGCACAUGCAAAUCUUAAAGCAUAUUUACAGACAUCAGCAGGAGAUCUUCAUCGGGUUCAUACAAAAAUUUCGUUGAUGGUGACUAACCAAAAAGAAGAAAUCAAUUUUAUGACUGUAUCGGAAUGCAUUCGUUUUCCUAUUUUUGCACACAACAACCAAUUUUAUGCAAAUGUUAGAGGUAAAGUUUCAACCUUUGCUCUUAAAAAGAUAAAUAGAGAGUAUCAAAAAGCAUCUUGUGUGACUGUGCAGAAUCCCUUACCACCAUGUACAGGUUCUUUUUCGAGAACAAUAGGACUACCUUGCGCACAUCGUAUUCAACACUUAGAAAGCAGUCAGGGUUUAACACUUGAAGAUAUCCAUAUACAUUGGUGGAUUCAAGGACGCCUACCAAUACCACAAUUUGAAGAACAUGUUAAUACAUUGCAACCACUUUUACAAAAUCUAGAACAACGAUAUAAUGAAUGGCCAGAACAUCAGCAAGCAGCAACACGAGAGAUGCUAAAUGAUAUGAUCAAUUCCUUAUUGAUUGUCUUGCAAAACCCCAACAUCGUACGUACUAAAGGAUGUCCUUUAGGUGCUACUAAUAACCAACCAUCUACCUCAACUAGAAGAGAUCCUUCUGGAUUCGAGUCUGUGGAACAGAAUGUAAGACAAUGUUCUCUUUGCCAACAGCCUGCACAUAAUGCUCGUACUUGCCCAAAUAGAA